AUAUUAUACCCCCAGGCGCACGAUAGAAUCUGUUAUGGGACCUUCCGUUUUCCUCCAAUACUUAAGCCUAUCGUGAUCUCAAAUCUCUAUCAUAGUAGUCCCUCAGAUCUUUGAACCUUGCUCUCUGUUUGUUUUCUCUCUCGAAAUCUUGCCGUCUAGGUAUUGCUCUCUCGAAGCGCCUUUUUAAGUUUUUCGCUUAAAAGAUCGCCGGGUUUCGUCGAUUUUCGAUUAAUUUCAGGUGUCAAGUAUUUUUGGAUUGUUGCUUGUCUGAUAAGUUUAUUCAAGAAAAUUAGUUUGUACGAAACUCAUAAUCAGCAAUGGGGGGAUAUGAUAGAGAGGAAGUUGAUGAUUAUGAUGAUUAUGACAUGGAAGGUGAAUAUCAAGAUGAAGAUGUUGAGGAAGAAGAGGGGGAAGAAUAUGAAGAAGAGGAAGCUAGGCAACCUACACAAGAAGAGAUGGAAUAUCUAGAGUUAAGGCAGCGGCUGAAAGAAUCUAUCAGACGAAAGAGGAAACAAAGUGGUGCUGGCCUUUCUUCUCAAGAGAAAGAGAAGAGGCUUCCAUAUGACAACUUUGGUUCCUUCUUUGGCCCUUCUCAGCCAGUUAUUGCUCAAAGAGUUAUCCAAGAGAGCAAGUCAUUAUUAGAAAACCAGCAUUUGGUUUCAAAGAUGUUGAGUUCCAGUCAAUCUAGUAAAAAGAACUCUGUUUCAAACAGUGCUGGAUCAAAGCUUGGACAACGUGGUCAGGUACCCAAAGCUACAAGUGAGCUCAGAAAGAAAGUUGAGAAACUGAAGGUUGCAAGAGAUUACUCAUUUCUAUCAGAUGAUGCAGAGGUUCCAGCUCCUCUGAGAGAGCCUCCACCUCGAAAUGUUAAUGUUCCAACCUCUGAGGCACGAUCAGCUCAAAUGCCGCCAAAAAGCAAACCACCAUUGGGCAGCAACAGCAAUAAUGGCAGAAAUGUUCGAGGCAUCCGUGAAGAAAGGAAACCAGUUCCUUUGAAUGGUCAAAUGCAUUCUAAAGCUGGUUCCUACAAGUCUUCUGCCAGUAAACCAAAUGUGAUAUCAAUGGAUUCCAAAAAGCAGCUUGGUGUUAAUAAUGGUAUUGGGCCUGGACGGCCUGUUGGUGUCAGCAAUGGUAUCGGGGCAGGCCGGCCUGUUGGUGUUAGCAAUGGUGUUGGGCCUGGCCGGCGUACUGGGCCUAAAGCUGUGCCUUUGAAGAUGCCUAUUGCAAAGAUUGAGAAGAAGAUUUCUGGGCCAGCUGCUAGGAAUUUGCCACCCAGUGCACAGAAAGCACCCUCUUCAAAGAUGCAUUCAUCUGAUUCAAAACAGCACUUACAAAUGAAAAAGGGAUCACAGGAACGUAGUAAGGAUAAAAUCAUGCCCCAGAGGCCUGUGAUAUCAUCAAAGCCUCAGGUAAACAAGCUAGUCAAGCAAGUUUCAUCUCAGUCUCACACUACGUCAAAUGUUCAGCGACCCAAGAAAAAGCAAUUGAGUGAAGAUGAAAAGGCUCUAAUGAUGAUCAGAAAUAUGUUCCACACCGAGAGAUAUCCGGUUUGUGAUGAUGAUGAUGAUAGUGACAUGGAGGCAAACUGGGACGAGAUUAUGAAGGAGGAAAGAAGAAGUGCUAAAAUUGCAAGGCAGGAGGACGAAGAACAAUUGAGGCUAAUAGAGGAAGAAGAGCGGCGGGAGCGGAUGAGGAAGGUGGCGAAAAAGCGCAAGCUGAGCCAGCACUGAUUGUAUCCGCCCCCCUUUUAGAUCUUAUAUUCUUAGUUCUCAACUGGGGACUUGUGCCGAAUUGUGACUGGUUCUUCUUUAAUUUUAGAGGAAAAUUUUUUUUUGCAA